UAGCUCCAGGAUACCAUCCCAGCUGAGUCUCUACUGACCAAUGGCCACUUGCUCUCAGAGGCAACAGCGCCCUCUAGCGGCCAUUAAGGGUCAUCGUCACUUCAGCUAUGGGGGAUUCGUCACACCAGAGAAUGUGUCGAUUCAGCAGUACUAUGACCUGACCCCCACAAAGAGGAGCUUCCUUCGUGCCACGGAUCAGCUCAUCCCCAAACCAACUGAAAUCAACAUGGCGGAGAGCAUGAUUAAGGUGGCAGUUCCUCGAGAACAGCCCUACCAGUCACACACCGCCCGCUACACCCUGUUCCCCGUCCCCAACACACACACAUAUGCACACACACACACCCCGCUCACACCUGCCACACCACCACACUGUGCUGUGCUCAGCAAGACAAAAGGCUCUCCUUACCGUCAUGAAAUAGUGAUGGUUCCCAUGGCAACAGAAAGAAAAGGCUUGUGCUGGCCGAGGCAAGUCUUUAGAAAACAUACUCCUGAGUCUCCUGAGACAAUGUGCCCAAACACACCUCAGCCCCACUGGAACAACUCCCACUAUAUAACCACAUACCAGCAGCAGUUUACAGGUAGUGUACCUGGUGGCCCUCUGAAACUGGACAGCCUCCCUGACAAGACAGUUGCUACGGGGAUGGGAGAACUGAGGCCAUAUGCAGUGCAGAUGAUGGAGCCGCCCCCCUGGGUCCUAGUGCCCUCCAUCCCACCGGCUGGACGCUCGGCACGUGUCCUCCAAGGGCGGAGAUCUCUGGGAAGCCACGCUCCUCUCAUCAGAGAACACGCCAGGGCUCCGCCUUCCACAGAGACUCUUCAGCCAAUGAGCUCGAAGGACAUGGACUGUACAGCCAAUGAGGACAUGGAUGGGAAGGCCCUGCCCACCUCAAGAACCAAUAGCAGGGGAAGACUGGAGCUGAGGGAGGGGCUAAUCUCCGUAUUAGCCACCUCCCACACAGACACACGUCCACACACACAACACACCCCCCCACACACACGCCCCCCAACACACAGACUGGGGCAGAACAGGGGGCCCCUGUCAUGGUUGGAUCUGCAGAACUCCUUCAGCAGAACUGAAGCCCACCUCCGGUUUCACCAGUCCAACCACUCUGAGCACGUUGACCUGCGCGAGAACAAUUGCUCUGGACGCAAGCACACAUUCUACGGUGUCAAUGCAUACUACCUCCACUGA